GCCAUGGCGAUCAUCUCUCCCAAGAAUGCGGCCAAAAUCCACGAUUCGAGCAGCGGCCGCCCGAGAUUUCUCCCCCCGCACCUCAAUUCCUCCACCACCACGCUUCUUAAGCCGCUAUCGGCAUCGCCGCCAAGAACUGGGGCUCGCCCCACGCUCUUCCAGAAGCGAGCACUGCGCCGGGCCGGGGAGCCACACGCACGAUCGUCGACGCUGUCACAAAUCCCUCCUCCAGCGGCAAUCUCCAGCACGCCCGAUCUGGAGAGCCCCAACAUCGCGAGAGAGAAGAGGUAUGGGCAUAUUUUCGCCUCGCCGCCCAAGAACGCCAAGAAUCCUAGCAGCGCGGCGCUGCUCAAGCGGCGAAUCGAGGAGUGGGAGCAGGAAUUCCUGGACGAAGACGAAGAUCACGACCAGGAGAGCGGCGAUGGAUCCGGCGUGGUUGAGCUGGGGAAGAAUCCUGAUUCCGGCAAGAAGGGCGGCGGCGGCGGUGGAUCAAGGAAGGGAAUGCCGGCCAAGAAUUUGCUGGCGGAGAGGCGGCGGCGGAAGAAACUCAACGAUCGCCUCUACAUGCUUCGAUCGGUGGUGCCCAAGAUCACCAAGAUGGACAGAGCUUCCAUUUUGGGCGACGCCAUCGAUUACUUGAAGGAGCUGCUCCAUAAGAUCAACGAUCUACACAACGAGCUGGAAGCGGCGCAAUCCGAGAAGCAAAUUCCCCAUUCUCUUCCCCCUCCGCCCGAAUUGACGCCCACCUCCACCGCAAGGCCGCUCAUCAAAGAGGAGUCAUCCACGUCGCAAGCUCCCAUCGCCGAGCCGGAGCAGCCAGCGCGGAUCGAGGUGAAGAUGCAAAAGGGCAAGGAUUUCAACAUACACAUGUUCUGCGGAUCCAGGCCCGGAUUACUGCUGUCGAUGAUGAAAGCUUUGGAUGGUCUCGGAUUGGACGUUCAACAAGCAGUGAUCAGUUGCUUCAAUGGUUUCGUGUUUGACAUCUUCAGAGCCGAGGCAACCAAGGAAGGAGAAGUCGGCCCAGAGGAAGUCAAGACGGUGCUGCUGCACACUGCGGGUUGUCACAGUGUGAUAGCAUGAAAAACGAGAGAACGAGAGAAGAGGGAAAUAUUAUAAUCACGCGAGGAUAGAAAAGAGAGGGUAUUUGUAUCGUAUGCUUUCAUUUUCCACAAUGUAUAAAUCAAUGAAGUCACAACGGCAC